AUGGCUGCCCGUCCUCAGAACAUUGGUAUCAAGGCCAUUGAGGUCUACUUCCCUCGUCAGUGUGUCGACCAGAGCGAGCUUGAGAAAUUCGAUGGCGUGAGCGAAGGCAAAUACACCAUUGGUCUUGGUCAGACCAAGAUGAGCUUCUGUGAUGACCGUGAAGACAUCUACUCCAUUGCUUUGACCACCUUCUCCUCCCUUCUCCGCAAGUACAACAUCGACCCCAACUCCAUUGGCCGCCUGGAGGUCGGUACCGAGACCUUGCUGGACAAGUCCAAGUCCGUCAAGUCCGUCCUGAUGCAGCUUCUGGCUCCCCACGGAAACACCAACGUUGAGGGUGUUGACAACGUCAAUGCUUGCUACGGUGGCACCAACGCUGUUUUCAACAGCAUCAACUGGCUCGAGUCCUCUGCCUGGGAUGGCAGAGAUGCCGUUGUUGUCUGCGGUGACAUUGCCCUGUACGCCGAGGGUGCUGCUCGCCCUACCGGUGGUGCUGGCUGUGUCGCCAUGCUGAUCGGUCCUGACGCCCCUAUUGUGUUCGAGCCCGGUCUUCGUGCCUCCUACGUCACCCACGCCUACGACUUCUUCAAGCCCGACCUGACCAGCGAGUACCCUGUCGUGGAUGGUCACUUCUCCCUCAGAUGCUACACUGAGGCUGUCGACGCUUGCUACAAGGCCUACAAUGCUCGUGAGAAGACCUUGAAGGAGAAGGUUCAGAACGGUACCAACGGCACCGCCCAGGACGACUCCAAGACUGCCUUGGACCGCUUCGACUACCUCUGCUACCAUGCUCCUACCUGCAAGCUGGUGCAGAAAUCCUUCGCUCGUAUGCUGUACAACGACUACCUCACAAACCCCACUCACCCUGCUUUCGCCGAAGUGGCUCCUGAGCUCCGUGAUUUGGACUACGCCACCUCUCUCACUGACAAGAACGUGGAGAAGACCUUCAUGGGCCUGACCAAGAAGCGCUUCGCUGAGCGUGUUAAGCCCGCUCUCGAGGUUGCCACUCUUUGCGGUAACAUGUACACUGCCACCGUUUGGGCUGGUCUGGCUAGCUUGAUCUCUCACGUCCCCUUCGAUGCUAGCGAGUCCAAGCGCAUCGGUCUCUUCUCCUACGGCAGUGGUCUUGCCAGCUCCCUGCUUAGCGUAAAGAUUGUCGGAGACGUGUCCAACCUGGUGGAGAAGCUCGAUCUCAAGAACCGUCUUAGCAACCGCAACGUUCUCCCUCCUCAGUCCUACGUUGACAUGUGUGCCCUCCGUGAGCAUGCUCACCUCAAGAAGAACUUCAAGCCUUCCGGCAACACCGAGACUCUCUACCCUGGUACUUACUACUUGACUGAGGUGGACGAUAUGUUCCGCCGCAAGUACGACGUCAAGGCAUGA